UGUAUGUGGUUGCUUAUCCUAUAUAUAUAAGCAAGCUCCUUAUAUCUUUCUCCACAAAGAGCCUUUUACUUGGAAGUUGAAGCAGCACAAAAAGUGUGAUAAAUGGCUGCAACAACUGGGUCAAUCUUUACGUCUUCAACACAAUUCUUUUCAGGCACGAGGUCGGUUUCUUGUAGUAAUGCAACUAGUCCACCUAUUUCAAGCACCCUUGCAGGUAGUAGCUUUACUGGUUCUUCGGUGCGGCAGAGUUCUUCAAAGAACAGGAAAUUAGUCAAGAUUACUGGAAAAGUGAGUGCUGCUGCUACAACCAUUGCAACCACUCCCUAUGAAGAAAUUAAAGAGUAUACACGUCCCAGCUGGGCUAUGUUUGAACUCGGGAGGGCUCCUGUAUAUUGGAAAACCAUGAAUGGUCUUCCCCCAAUGGCUGGUGAGAAAUUGAAGCUUUUCUACAACCCAAUUGCAACUAAACUUGCUCCAAAUGAGGAUUUUGGUAUUGGUUUUAAUGGAGGUUUCAAUCAGCCCUUUAUGUGUGGAGGUGAACCAAGGAUGAUGCUUAGGAAAACUCGCGGCAAAAAUGACUCCCCAUUAUUUACCAUCCAAAUAUGCGUACCAAAGCAUGCACUGAACUUAAUCUUCUCAUUCACAAACGGUGUCGAUUGGGAUGGUCCUUACAGAAUACCAUUCCUAGUUCCUAGAGCUUGGAGAAAUAAACCAUUUAGUUUUUUUAAUCAGGGUCUGGCAGAGGAGUUGAGUAAAGAAGGUGCCUGUGACAGAGCAAUUUUUCCUGACUCAGACAUUGUGGUCGAUAGAUGUGCACUGAUCGGUAAUUUGACUGUCGAAGGGGGUGAUAGAUGCGAUCUGAACCUCGUUCUAGGAUGCAUGGAUACCAGCUCUCCCCUGUAUGACCCACUUGCCAAUGUAGAUGAUGGAUCUUGCCCGAUCGAUAGCGAUUUGGAGGACUAAUUUCACCCUAUCUGUACCCUUUCAAUUGCUUUUGCAAGGACGCAAACAACUUCACAAAAAUUGCACAUUGCAAUUGAGGUAUAUGGAGCUUGUUCAGUUCUGUUUGUAAAUUCUCAAAAGAUGUAAUGGUUCAAGGUAAUUGUAUUGAACAAGAAAA